CAAAAGGAGUCCAGUGUAAAGACAUUUGCUGGCAGCUGACUUGUAACAGCCUACUGUGCGUUUCUUUGUGUUUCUCGGCGCUGCAGAAGCUUGUCAUUCUUUAUGAAUUACACCCAAAGCAGGAGGCGUCUCUUUACAUUUAGUUGUAUUAGCUGUGUUGAGAGGACGAUGCCUUUGAGGACCGGACUUUUUCUCCUGAUGGUGCUGAACGCAUCUGCAAAUGAACUGGAUCAAAACGAGUCUUAUUCGCCCAGGAGAACACGCUUUUCUGCCAACAGCCCUUCAGAUGUGGCACGCUGUCUCAACAGUGCCCUCCAAGUUGGCUGCGGAGCCUUCGCCUGCCUGGAAAACUCAACUUGUGACACAGAUGGCAUGCAUGACAUCUGCAAAUCCUUCCUUUACAGUGCUGCUAAAUUUGACACUCAGGGUAAAGCAUUUGUGAAGGAGAGCCUUAAGUGCAUUGCCAAUGGCAUCACCACGAAGGCAUUCCCCACCAUUCGCCGCUGUUCCACCUUCCAAAGAAUGAUAUCUGAAGUCCAAGAGGAGUGUUACAGCAAGCUGGAUAUCUGCACUGUUGCCCGAUCGAAUCCAGAUGCUAUUGGCGAAGUGGCACAGCUACCGAGUCACUUCCCCAAUAGGUUUUAUGGUAAGCUGCUACGGAGCCUGAUGGACUGCGAUGAGGACACAGUGGACCGCGUCAGGACCAGCAUGGUGUCGCGACUCGGCCCAGAGAUGACCAUGCUUAUUCAGCUGCUGCAGAACAAGCCCUGCCCGUCCACUGCUGUGGCUGCAGCUGCCGCCAUCCCGACUGGAGUGGAGGGCCGUGGGAGCUGGCGCUGGUCCAUGGGUCCCCAUAUGUACAAGAUCCAGCCUAAUCUGCGAAACAGAGACUCUGCCAGUCAUUUUGGCAAAAAGCGCUCUGCCAGUGACAGCUCCUAACUUCCACUCAGAUUCAGAAACUCCACAAAAAACCAUCAUGAAAGCUCCUCUGUUCCCUAGGGGUGGUAAAACUCCGCUAGACUGGAAGUCACAGAAACAUGCACCUCUAGGGAAUGCGGUGAGAGUCGAUAUCAGAGUUUGAUUGUUGUUAUGUUGUAUAUCCUACACUUUAGGCUUGAGAGAACCCCCCCUUCCAUCGAGUCCGCUCACAGUUAGUGUCGAACAUGUGGCUGUUGCAUCUGUGCGACGAGGCGUUCCUGUUCACUCUUCUUCACCUCCUCUAACAGAGAUGAAGCCUUGAGAAGUCGUUUGAAGCCAAGCAUAAAACGGAAAGAAAAAAAA